AUGACUGGCGGAGUUUCUGUUCGCGACGUUGACGCGCAAAAGUUCAUCAACGCGUAUGCUGGCUUCUUGAAGCGCCAGGGAAAGCUUCCCAUUCCUGGCUGGGUUGACACCGUCAAGACUGGUCCCUCGCGCGAGCUUCCUCCUCAGAACAUCGACUGGUACUACGUCCGCGCCGCCGCCGUUGCCCGUCACGUCUACAUGCGCAAGACCGUUGGUGUUGGCCGUCUCCGCAAAGCCCACGGUAACGCCAAGAACCGUGGCACCCGCCCUUCCAAGCACGUUGACGGUUCCGCUUCCGUCGACCGCAAGAUCAUGCAAUCCCUAGAGAAGAUUGGCGUUCUAGAGCAUGAUGAGGAAGUUGGUGGCCGAAGAAUCACUCAGUCCGGCCAGCGAGAUUUGGACCGAAUUGCCCAGACCACCGCUGAGGCUGAGGAGGAGGAGGAGGAUGAGGAAUAA